CGGGGAAGCGCUGGAGAACAGUUGUCAGGGGAGAAACAAGUGACUUUGAAGUUUUAGAUAUUUUAUAUAAACCGUUUUAGUGUAUGGCAGAAAUCAGAGUCUGCAGCGACGUAGUUGUCGCAGCAACCGUUUGAAGGAAUGGCCUUCAUAUCAUAUAUCCGAACAAUUCGUGCAAGAGGUCGGCCGGUUGUCCCUUUAGCUCUUGUCCUCUGCAUCUAUACUUUCGCCAAAUACAAUUUUUCUCGCGACAAUGGUCGCCCAGCGAGUCUUAAUCCUGAAGCUCUGACUUCGAACACAGAAGCUUUUUCCAGUGUUGGUCAGAAUGGGGAGACGCAGACAGCCAGAAAAGAAUUGGUCUUCUUCCUCAUUCAAUGUGAAGGUACACCAACAGCCAACCAGGGGGGAAAUAAGGCAUCUGAUAUCGGUCGUCAGAUUCGUCAGGCCGCUGUAAUGCUGAAGUCAGCGGCCGCUUUGACCUCAACCUUUCUCAGGUUCCUGGUGAUUGCAGAUUCAAAGUCUUUAUACCAGCGGCUGGUGAAUACGACGUCGAACUGGCCUAUCGAGUACCAACAGCGCCUCUCCUUCGAGUACUACAACGUGUGGUACCCUCCGGGACGGGAGGAUAUGCGCAACAUGUUCCGGGUGUGCGCCACGGAGAGGCUCUUCCUGCCGGACAUGUUCCCCGACCUGGACGCGGCCAUUUACAUCGACACCGACCUCGUGUUCCUUCGUCCGCCGGAGGACCUGUGGGCCGAAUUCCGAAAGUUCAACGAUAGGCAAGUGGCUGCGAUGGCACCUUGUCUCUAUCACUAUGGCUCGACAAGGAACAAGAUCCCCUUUUACGGGUCGUCGGGCCUCAACGCAGGUAUCAUGCACAUGAACCUAACGCGCAUGAAGAGCUUCCCGGGAGGUGGCUGGACGCCGGCUGUCAUGAAGGUCUUUGACAAUUUCAGACAAAGGAUCAAAUUGGCUGAUCAAGACAUGCUGAACAUCCUGUUUCAUAAGCAUCCGCAGAAGCUUUAUGAACUGGGGUGCGAGUGGAACUACCGCGUAUGGCAGUGUUCUCAGGGGAGUAACAUGUGCCCUCAGGCAAGCACCAACGGCGUGUCCAUUCUGCAUGGCAACGCCCUUGCUUUCGUCAGCGGUGCGGAAAGGAAAUUACAGGCGGUGUUCGAUGCAUGGGAGCGACAUCAACUAGGAGAUUCACUGCGUGGUCUCUUAACCUCACUCCAGGAGGACCUCGCAGAAGUUAGUAAGAAGGGCUUGCAGUCCAAAUGUGCGAAGAUUUCUAACAUUGAUGCUAUCCUAACUAAGGAGUUUGAGAAACAUGUAUAGGGAAUUUCGGAAGGUAGGCAACAAAAAGCAACAAUGAAUGAGUGAUUAAAGAAAUGGUAUUGAUACUGACUGAUGUUAUGAAAUAAGCAAGGUGUUUAUUUUUUUAAACGAUAAAGUCUUCGAAGUAUUACAUGUUUCGAACUUUAAAGCUUGGACUUUCAUAUAUUUUUUUAAAUCCCACGCUGUGUUGACAAUAUAUUUUAAUAUAAUUAUAUGAUUAAUGUUCUUCCCGUCUAUCUAUUCAGUAGAUUAGGUUCAAAAUAUUAUAUAAUAUUUCUUUAUAUAUACAAUAAAAGUAAAGAUAAUACACAAAAGAACAUAAAGGUAAAAAAAAUAAGCGUGCUACACAGUUUUCACAAAACUUUUGGAGUUAAUACUAUCAGACAAGCAGUUCAAGGUACGUACUGUAAUUACAUCGAUUUAACAUGAUGCCAAAGACUUGCAUGAAAUAUAUAUCCCAUCUCGAUAAACGACAUGCAUAAUCCAAACCACAAGUCAACAUUUCUUCCUUCUAAAUUUCAUCAGUUAUUCAUUCACUUUCGUAUAAACUCUGGAAGACGGUUUUGUCCCUCGUGUAGGCAUUUCUUCCUCGAUUUUUCAGGUUAGUCGGAGUUUUACCCUCGCGUGUUGAGGUCUUCCGAUAUUUUUCCCUUUAUUUUCACUUGCUGUUGCCGGUCUUCGCUAGAUUUAAACUAUAGCUAUUGAGCCUGCUAACCGUCUCAUUAGAUACUGUGUGAAUGGCUUCAUAGAAUCGAGCAUCUGGCCUAGUAAAUUGUGCAGGUUUAGGCGCUGUAAAAAAAAUAAUAAAUCCAUUGCUGCUACCAUUUUUAUUAUUGUUAAUGUUAUGUUAAUGUUGUUAUUAGUAUCAUUAUUAUUAUUUUCAUUUUUUUAUAAUUAUUGAUACUAUCAUCAUUAAAUAUAAUAAUCAUCAUUAUUAUUAUCAAUCAUCAUCAUCAUCAUUAUCAAUCACCAUCAUCGCCACAUUACCAUCACCACCACCAUUACUAUCAUCACCAUCACCAUUACUAUCAUCACCAUCUUCGUGAGCACCACUACCACCACCACCAUUACCAUCAUCAAUUUCACCUAGAGAGCCUGUAGAUCUACUAUCGACGAUUGCGAUUUGCGAAGUUCUAGCUUCGCCCGGCCUGUGUCAGCUUUUUAUGGCUGUCUCAUUUUGUUCUCGACACUCGGUGCUUACCGUGGCGGUGGGAUUGCCAGCAGGCGCUCCUGCUGCCAUGGUGUAAGCGAAUCGCAGUCUCUUUACCAGCACUGCGGCUGUUGUCGGCUAAAAGAUCACAGUUUUAUUAGUAAUAUGGAUAAUUGAUAGAUAAUAAUGAUGACGAUAAUGAUGAUUUUUGAUUAAGCAUUGAUAUAUUGAAAGUGCCAAAAAGAAAUGGUGAAAAUUGCCUCUCUCAUCCUGUACAUACACGCUCAUUGAUCCUUCAUGGCUUAUGACUUACCCCGUGUGUUUGCUCCUCUAUUUUCCCUGACCCACCAAAAUCAUACAAUCUCCCGCUUUCUGUCCUCCUAAAUUAUUUCCUUUGUAGUGCAACCUUAUGGUCUCUCACGAUCAAGAGUUUACCUUUAAAAAAAAAUACGUUGGUAGGCUGCCACUGUCCGAAUGAGGGAUCGGAACCCAUGUGUAUGCGACACAGUAGAAGACGUGUAAUUUAAAGUGUAUGUGUGAGCGUCAGCCUGUGUGUAAAAGUGCAGUUAAACCCAUGUGGGACUGACUGAGUAGGCGUGGUAAAUUUCAAGUAGUCCUUCAUUUAUGAUGUAUUAUCUAUUUAUGGUUAGAGGCUGCUCUCAAAACCAACUUUCAUAGAUAUAUUCAUCCAAACCUCUUAUAUUCGGUAUACCUUAAGUUCAUCAAGACUUGUAUUUCAUGUUUAAAAUAGUCUAUUCUUUAGUGUAGAAAACUUAUUGAAUUAUUAUUGUUAAAUAAUAAAAUGUCCAAGCUUCAUUAGGAUUUUUAUAUUUCUACAAUAAAAGAAAAGUUAUUCA